AUCAUGGCCCGUACAAAGCAGACCGCCCGCAAGUCGACCGGCGGCAAGGCCCCGCGGAAGCAGCUGGCCACCAAGGCGGCCCGCAAGAGCGCGCCCGCCACGGGCGGCGUGAAGAAGCCGCACCGCUACCGGCCGGGCACCGUGGCCCUGCGGGAGAUCCGGCGCUACCAGAAGUCCACCGAGCUGCUGAUCCGCAAGCUGCCGUUCCAGCGGCUGGUGCGCGAGAUCGCGCAGGACUUCAAGACGGACCUGCGCUUCCAGAGCUCGGCCGUGAUGGCGCUGCAGGAGGCGAGUGAGGCCUACCUGGUGGGGCUGUUCGAGGACACGAACCUGUGCGCCAUUCACGCCAAGCGCGUCACCAUCAUGCCCAAGGACAUCCAGCUGGCUCGCCGUAUCCGCGGGGAGCGGGCUUAAGGCCUGUGCUUUUAAGUGGACCACCUAACGGCUCUUUUCAGAGCCACCCAUGUUUUCACGAGGAGUAGCUGUGUCGCCUAUCUCACCUGGCGUGGGGUGUACUGUUGUGCACUGGUGCUCUGGGUAGACGGAUGAGGGGAAACUCGCACAUGGUGGGUAGGAAGAUCACAACGUCUGAACUUUGGUCGGCUGACAGGCACUAGAGGAACAGCUGAAGCGGGCUUAGAUCGCUUUUGCCUAAGCUUUUACAUAUGUUGAGUUACAGUCUACAGCGUCAGCCUUACUAGUUUGAGGAAAAACUUGCAAGGGGGUGGACUCUGCUCUACUAGUCGUUUGUAACGUUAACACGCUACUCGUACAAAGCGUUAGCACGAAUCUGGAUAUAGAAACGAAGCGGGAGGGAGGUCGUGUGGGUUUGUGAUAACUGCCGGGUUGGGGAUUUGGGUUUUCAACUAGAUUUUACGGUUAAGACUAAGCUGGAUGUAAGUCCUGGUUUGCAAAUGGGAGCCUUUUUCCUGGCUUAUGUGUCUUGAGUUGUAUGGAUCUAAUAUCUAAUACCCUAUUGCAUAAGACAGGCAGCGCAAACACGAAUAGGAAUUUGAGGGAAAUUCCUGAUGGGUUGGGUUUUUUUUUUUUUUUUGAGAUGUUUGUUACUGCUCCGAAACCCAAAGGCAAAACAAACUUCCACAGUGUAGUAAGUAAAGUGAUGCAAAAAUAGAAACGGGCACUUCGGAUCUUUUCCGUAUGCAAGUACAACUGAAAAGUAAUAACCAUCCCCAAACACCCCAAACAGGUGAACUAUACUUUUACGUAACUUAUUGGUUGGUCUGAAACGGAACAUUUCAAUUGGCUAAGAAGACGUUUGCUCUGAUAGCCAUUAAGGAAGCGCUAGCAGAAGCUAUUAUUUGCAUAGACUCCACCCCCUGUAUGACGACCUUGUUGGAAAUUAACCAAUAAAAAUGCAGUCCUAUGCGA